AAGCAGCGAGCAGCGAGCAGCGAACGGCGAACGGCGAAAAGCGAAGAGCACAGCGGGAACGGAAGGCAGCGGUAGCACCGAACGGGGUUCAAUAGUGAAAACUGAUUCGACAAAGUAGAGUUGAAAUAUUCGUAGUUUGGUGCAGGCAGAGGUGUUGAGCAGACGCAGACCCAGACGCAGCGAACUCAAGAACCCAAGAACCAAAGAACUCGAGAACCAUGAGCGCAUCAGCAGCACGCAUACAAUUCAAGGCGCUGAAGGGAUUUCCGGGCAAUGCCGCCGAUAAGAUCGAAACUCGAGCGUUCCUCGACGCCGCCCUAGAGAUAGUGACAGUUAUAGAAACCUUUGGCAAGCUAUUUACGCCCGUGAUUAACGACAUGAAUGGAAAUAUAGAUAAAUUAAGCAGAGUCUACGGCGAGAAUGUGCUCAAGCACCAUUAUCUGGAGGAUAUGAUCGUCCUGAAUAUAAAGGGGGAGAACGUGGCCCCCAAUGCCCUGCUCUGGCUGAAGCGGGGCCUCCAGCUGAUUUGCAUCUUCUUCGAGAACAUCUACAACGAUGACCAGAAGCAGGAGGCGCUCAAGCAUCAUCUGCAGAAUGCCUACGAGCGCACCCUGAAGCAGUACCACGGUUUUAUCGUGCAGAGUACCAUUAAGAUCAUUUACGCAUGGGUACCCACACGCAAGCAGCUGCUCGGUCAGGGCGAGGAUCAGGAGGAGAACCUCGUUGUCAUGUCCGACUACUUGCCCACCAUGCGGGCCCAGUUGAACAAGAUAGAUGCACUGCUCAAGGCUCACAACCUAGAUGAAGCGCCCCACUAGCUGGUGCCGUGGGAUGCUCAUUCCCGUUUGGAUGAUUUUUGCUUGCCCCUUAGACGCGCACUUACUCUGCACAGUUGCAUCUAGCUUGUAGCUAAAAGUAGCCUAUUUUUAUUUUAUUUUAUUUUAUGCUGUUAGAGAGGGUUGUUGUCGCUAACAACACAAUAAACCUCAGAGCUUUAGUCCA